AUGGCGAAAAAGAAGGCACCCUCAAUCCACUCCCGCGCCGCUCGUCGCGCAACAGACAUCGACAUCGACACCGACAAGUCCCUAAAAGAAGUCAAGCCUCCCCGCGAUGCUACCCAGCGGCCCUCCGUCCUAGCAGCGCACCACUCAGCCGGUAUCACCAAGAAGGCCAAGCGCGGUCGCAAAGAGAAGAUGUCUGCCAAGGCUAGGAAACGUCAUGAGAAGGGCCUCGAGAUGGCUGCUGCUGUUGUGGAGCGUACCAAGAAUAAGGUUGAGAAGAGUAAGGGCCGGGGGAGGAAUAUUCAGCAGAGAAGUAAGAAUUGGGAUGAGAUUAACAGGGUUGCUGAGGAGACUGAGGGUGCGGAGAGCGCGGAGAGUGAUGCCGAGGUGAAGGGGCGUGGAGUCGCUAUGGAUGAGGAUAUGGAUGUUGCGGACGAGACCUUGUCUACAGAGGUCACCGCUCCCGCGGCGGUACCUCUACCCGCUGACGAGGAUGGCGAUGAGAUCCUUUAG